AAAUGAAUUAUAUACAUGUCUAAACAAGAUUUCAAGAAAAGUUGAAGUUGGUGGAUAUAAUCAUCAUAUAUAUAAAGGGAUGGGAAGGCAACCUUGUUGUGACAAACUAGGUGUGAAGAAAGGUCCAUGGACAACAGAGGAAGACAAGAAACUCAUCAAUUUUAUUCUUACAAAUGGCCAAUGUUGUUGGCGUGCUGUCCCUAAACUUGCCGGUCUUCGGCGUUGUGGUAAGAGUUGUCGUCUUCGAUGGACUAAUUACCUUCGACCCGACUUGAAACGCGGACUUCUUAGUGAUGCUGAGGAGAAAAUGGUCAUUGAUCUUCAUGCUCGUCUUGGAAACAGGUGGUCCAAGAUUGCUGCAAGAUUACCGGGAAGGACCGAUAAUGAGAUAAAAAAUCAUUGGAACACACAUAUUAAGAAAAAGCUUCUCAAAAUGGGGAUUGAUCCUGUUACACACGAACCACUAAUCAAAGAGGAAAAUCCAACUGAUCAACCUAUCCAAGAAUCUGAUCAAAAUAAAAAUAAUUAUCAUCAGCAGGUAGUGGUUGUAACAUCAGGAGCCACUUCUUCAGAAUUAGAUAACUCUUCUACCUCAUCUUCUUCUGCUUCUUCGUCUGAAAAUUCUUGUAACGAAUCCAAACUUGUUCUUGACACGUUUAAAGAAAAUGAUCCGCUGCUAAGCUGUCUACUUGAGGCCGAUGAUGCUCCUCCUCUCAUCGAUUCGUCCUGGGAACUUCCAGUAAAAAGUUUCGAUAACAACAACAACAACAUGACAUCGUCGUGGGACGACGAAAAUUUCAAUUGGCUAUUUGAUUGUCAAGAUUUCGGGAUCCAUGACUUUGGUUUUGAUAAUUGCUUCAAUGAUGUCGAAUUGGAGGUCUUUAACACCAUAUAUGACAUGGAAAACAAGAAGUGAUUAUCAAAAUUUGUGAAUGGGACAUAAGUCAACCAAAAAUAAUAAUUAAAUUUAGUUUUUUCACAACAUUAGUUUUUUUUUUUUUUUUUUUCAAAAUUACAUGCAUGUUUACAAAGGUAUCAUGUCUGGAGUACGUACUAGGAAGUUAUAUUUUUGUUUGUAUUGUGUACAAAGUUUAUUAGUACUUGUACUUGAGAAUAUUCUCGAAGAGUCCAAAGGUGAAACCCUUACUUCUAAUUUAGUGGUUUAGUUUUGGACAAUCUACCGACCAACCAGUCAAAUGAACCAAUCAUGUUAGGAAAAAAAAAGUCCAAAAGAGAUAAAAAGAAAUAAUAAUAUAUAGUUGUGUCAAUAAUAGUGAUGUUAGUGCUAUAUCCCUGUGCCAAGGAUGGGUACUGCAUAUACUCUGAGGCAAAUUAUUGGGCUUGGGGUUCAUAUGUAUACCUUUUGUAUAUUAUUAUGUGGAGAUAUAUAAAUUAUAAUGGCACUACUACUUUUUGUUUA